AUCUAAUGUGUCAUACAGACCGACAGACAACAGCAUACAAACUUUUUAGCUAUGUGCAAUCUGUGGCUUCUGCGUAAAACACUUCGUUAUGCUGUCGCCACUUCUCAACAGUCUUCUAACCAUACAAACCCUCUGUACCACAUUUAUUGGUGCAACAACUAUUAGAGCAACAAAAGGUCAUCCUGUCUAUCUCCCCUGUCCCACAAACAUUCAACCUGAUGAGGUGGUCCUUUUUAAAUGGACACAGUUUGGAGUUCCUGGAAUUUCUUGCGAAUAUACAAUUAAUAAAAACUACACUGAAAACCAAAAAUGUAAACCAGAAUUCAACAUCAGGGGACAACCUCCCAGACUGUAUGUUGAAAACCCAGGGAGUAGCGAUUCUGGUCUUUACAUUUGUUUCACAACAAGAAUAAUCCCACCACCCACCAUCGAGUUAAAUUACACAGUUGAUCUUCAAGUUACUGGCCCUCCAAAUAUAGUCCUAAAGAAGCAGAAGAGAAAUACUACCUGCGUUGAACUGCUUUGUAGUACAGAGUACCUUGACCCUGGGGAGGUCAAAUUUACAUGGAACCGAACACGUCAGGGAUUACCAGAGACACUGUUGACCACAAAAAGCCUCUUCUAUAUGAACAGCUCUCUGCCACUGUGUCAAUCCGACUGGAGAGAGGGCGACAUAUUCACCUGCAUUGUCAACCGCUUAGUCAAUGACACCAACCUGAGCGAGGAAAUCAGAAUAGACUGCAGUGAAAUAGAAACCUGCCGUUGGAACCCCACUCCUUUGGUCAUCAUCUGUGUGAGCUCACUCAUUGGGGUUGCAGCCGUCAUAGCAGUAACCCUAACUAUUUAUAAAUGUUGCCAGAGGAAGAAGGACCAAGGGGAUUCUGUCUCAUACAAUAACAAGGUGUACGAAAACUUCAGUUUCAGCACAAGAAUACGUGGUGAACAGAAGCCAUCUGGUUCUAUGACGGACCAAUGCAUUUAUGAGAACUGACUGACCAACUUUAAUAGUUUAUUAAUAAUUUACUUUUUUCAAUGCAGAUAUGAAAAAAGUAUAUAUUUUAUAUGGUAUAUAUUUGUAUUUAUAUUUUUGUAUGGUAUAUCUUCGUGUUUCCAUAAAAGGAAUCUGUGAGAGGGUAAUUAAGUUUAAAUGCUAAUAUCCGAGCUGAAGUGUCUUGUUUAUGAAAAUUGGAAACAUUUUACAGGGAUUUUACAUGUGUCAGUAAAUAAUUAUUACAGAGCUUCUAAACCACGGUCAAACAUAUAAUUCAUUUGAAAAAUCCUGUUUCUGUACUGUGUUCAGAAUCCAAUAUAUUUUAACAGUAUUGUUUAGAGUGACAGUAUUAAAAUCUGUCCCUCGAUGGACGUUCCACUCCAAUUGUCCAUUGCAACCCCUUAAUAAAGGACUUCUGAUCUACCACAUCAUUAAUUGUACCCACCUGGUGUCCCAGCGCUAAAUAUCUCCCUGCUUAGGGGUUUACAAUUAAUUAAUGAGUGGAAUUUCAAUACCAAUUAAUUGGCUUAGAGUAUUUCUUCUUAAUAAUGGGGUUGAAGUUUAAAUAAUGUAUUCUUACAUACAAUUAUUCCAAGAUAUGACACCAUGUCUUUAAUUGGGAUUCCAUACUGUAGGCCCUAGCUUUGUAUUAACUCUUUCGCCUCCACAUCCCAAGUGGCAGAAGACAAACCGUUUAAACCCUUACUUGUUUCUUGGGAUUGAAUAUCUUUCUCAUACAUGUCUGCAUGUCUGUAGUAGUUUCAAAUUUAACACAUAAUACUAUAUAGUUGUUAUAUCUGGAUAUCUUACUUCUGGACUGGUCUGUGAAUUGGUCAAUUAUUUAUUUGGAAUAUCCUUCUCUUGUUUCUAUUUCAUUCCUAGAGAUAUGGGGCAUGGCCAGUUGGUCAUAAUAUUAACCUCCCUCUCUCUGUUCAUGUCCAGAAAAAGGCUUGGUUAAUGUUUGUAAUAUGUAAUUUAAGUUGUAUGCAUCCAUAGUAAAUAUAUUUUCCAUGA